UGGUUUACCCCUUGGUCUCGUCUUUGAUAUGAGUACGAAUGUAAUAUUUUCAAGGAAUUUCUGAGACCGCUGCUGUGACAAAAUGUACUCAAGAAGCAGAUUUCCGGGAUACUGGCGGAAUGCCCCACUGGUCAUCUUCUGUGUAGGGGCUUUGUUCGCCCUGGGCGUUUCGGCCGGCUGGGAUGAGAGAAGUGAAAACGAGCGACGUUUGGUCUUCGACUUGUUUGAUAAAGACAGCUACAACCCUCUGAUCAGGCCUGUGAGAAACACGAACGAGUCCCUCGGCAUCCGAUUCGCCCUAGCUCUCAGUCAGAUCAUCACUGUGGAUGAGGUGAAUCAAGUCAUGAAGACCAAUGUCUGGCUCCAAGUGUACUGGUUCGACUACCAACUCAAGUGGGACCCAACUCUGUAUGGCAACAUCGACUCUAUUCGAAUCAAACCUGAGAAGGUCUGGGUUCCAGAUUUCGUGCUUUUCAAUAAUGCCGACGGUAAUUACGAGGUGACAUACAAGUCGAACUGCGUGCUGUACCAUACAUCGGAGGUACACUGGAUCCCUCCAGCGAUCUACCAAAGCUCUUGUCUAAUUGAUGUCCAGUACUUCCCUUUUGACCAACAGAGAUGCGAGAUGAAAUUCGGCUCGUGGACACACAAAGGUCUUUCCCUCAAGUAUACUUUUGACAAAAAUCGAGACAAACUGGACCUUGGAGAUUAUCUCAAGAGUGGCAGUUGGGACAUUAUCGAAUGUCCAGGAGAGAUUGUCACAGUCACGGACGAUGUGACCGGGGAUAAGAGAGAACAGAUCAUAUUCUACUUUGUCUUAAGAAGAAAAACAUUGUUUUACACGGUCAACUUAAUCAUUCCAUGUGUCCUUAUCUCCUUUGUGAGCGUGUGUGUGUUCGCGCUGCCCGCGGACGCCGGCGAGAAGAUCACACUCUGCAUCUCCGUCCUCCUAGCCUUGGUUGUGUUCUUGUUGCUGGUCUCCAAAAUUUUGCCGCCGUCGCUCACCGUCCCGCUCAUCGCCAAGUACCUACUCUUCACAUUCAUCAUGAACCUCAUCGCCAUCCUGUGUACGGUCGUUGUCAUCAACAGAAACUACCGGACUCCUAGGACACACAGAAUGCCCUAUUGGAUGCGGGUGCUCUUCUUAAAGGAGCUACCAAAGUACCUGCUCAUGAAGCGUCCUGACCAUGAGGAGCGGUGGAGAGAGAUACCAAGUACGCCUUCACAUUCACGAAUCUCUACGCCCGAUGUGAGAAGGUUAAACACCAAUCUGAACGUGAGCAGCAAUCUUGUGGAACUCACUGAGAUGCAUCGAAGCGACAACAAAGUUGACGACCCAGGGACACCGCUCUUACAAAGACAACGCGAGGCGAGCGAGAGCAGCGGUCAGCUACAGGACAGCGACGUGGACAGUAAGACGGCCUUCCAAAGGGACAGCGUGGACUCUUCACAGCAGCUGGAGAUGACACCGGAGCUUCAUAAGACCAUCGAGUCUGUCAAGUUCAUAUACCACCAUCUCAAGAGUGAGGAGGAAUAUGAAACGGUGCGGUACGUUAAAACAGCAACUGCAGC